UACACUGACAGCCUGGUUAGCUGUCACUACUCGCCACACUUAGCCUAACGUUGAGCUAAGCAAACGUGUCAAUGCGAUGAAACUGGAAUAUAUUGAUCAUGGCUAACCUGCGGAUCACGUUAGCCGUCGUGGUUGUUCAAAGCGUCCUGUUCAAACCCUGCGAGGCUCUUUGGUGUAACUGCACCACUCCCCAGUGUGAGAAGACUAGUUCCCGUUGUGAGACUGAUGGAGCCUGCAUGGCCUCCACUUCUUUCAUCGAUGGCCAAGAGCAGCACAUUCGCAUCUGCAUCACACGGGACAAACUUGUGCCUCCCGGACAGCCGUUCUACUGCCUCGGUGCAGAGGGUCUGCUCAACAUCCACUGCUGCUACACCGACUACUGCAACAGCAUAGACCUCCAAGUACCCUCAGUCACAACUCAGUCGGGACUUGGGGGAGGUUACGGUCCAGGCGGUACGUGGGGGCUGGUGGAACUAGUGGCUGUGAUCGCAGGACCAUUGUUCCUGCUCUGUCUGCUGCUGCUGAUGGUUGUGUUCCUGUAUCAGUACCACCAGAGGGCCUACAGCCACAGGCAGAGGCUGGAGGUAGAGGACCCCUCCUGUGACCACCUCUACCUGGCCAAAGACAGUACCCUGCAGGACCUCAUAUACGAUCUGUCCACGUCAGGUUCAGGCUCCGGUCUCCCUCUGUUUGUGCAGCGGACUGUUGCCAGAACGAUUGUCCUCCAGGAGAUCAUUGGUAAAGGGCGUUUUGGGGAGGUGUGGCGAGGACGGUGGAGAGGAGGCGAUGUGGCAGUGAAGAUUUUCUCGUCCAGAGAGGAACGCUCCUGGUUCCGGGAGGCAGAAAUCUAUCAGACCAUUAUGCUUCGCCAUGAAAACAUCCUCGGCUUUAUCGCUGCGGACAACAAAGACAACGGCACAUGGACCCAGUUGUGGUUGGUGUCCGACUACCAUGAGUACGGCUCCCUGUUUGACUACUUGAACCGCUACUCUGUCACUACUGAAGGAAUGAUCAAACUGGCACUGUCAGCUGCCAGCGGCCUUGCACAUCUUCAUAUGGAGAUUCUUGGAACACAAGGAAAGCCGGGCAUCGCUCACAGAGACUUGAAGUCUAAGAACAUCCUCGUGAAGAAGAACUGCACCUGUGCCAUUGCUGACCUGGGGUUGGCAGUCCGACAUGACUCUGCCUCAGACACUAUCGACAUCGCACCCAAUCAAAGGGUGGGCACCAAGAGGUACAUGGCUCCAGAGGUUCUGGAUGAGACCAUCAACAUGAGACACUUUGACUCCUUUAAAUGCGCUGAUAUCUAUGCUCUGGGGCUGGUCUAUUGGGAGAUCGCACGCCGCUGUAAUACUGGAGGUAUCCACGAAGAGUACCAGCUGCCCUACUACGACCUGGUGCCCUCUGACCCCUCCAUAGAGGAGAUGAGAAAGGUGGUGUGUGACCAAAAACUACGACCCAACAUCCCAAACUGGUGGCAGAGCUACGAGGCUUUGCGGAUUAUGGGCAAAAUCAUGAGAGAGUGUUGGUAUUCUAAUGGAGCUGCCCGCUUGACAGCCCUGCGCAUCAAAAAGACUCUGUCCCAGCUCAGUGUUCAAGAGGACAUUAAAGUCUGAGCUGAGAUCUUAGAAAGUGCACGGAUCGAGACCCGACUCCUGACUGUGAGAGAGGAGCCGGGCCUUCUACAAGGAACGCACAAAGUCAGAGAUUAUGGUGGAACGUCGCACUUUGUAAAAUAUUACUUCAUAGACACUCCUGCCAGUUUUGAAGCCACUUGAUUUCUGACAAACCCUACCUCGCUUACCCAGCCAAACUACCAAGAACACCUUCCCUGUCUUGUCUCAGCUACUGCUGCCCUACCUGAACCUUUUUGUCCCUCUCUACACUCCAACACUAACAAAACACCUUGGAUUCCCCGUGUACUUGUAUGCAAUAGAUAGCAGAAUAUGUAAUUAACUUCUUAAGAUUUUGAAAAUCAGUCGUUAUAUUACGUCCAAGUCCGAUUGAUCACUGUUGCUUUGUAGUGAAAAAACAAGAUUUUGCUCUUUUUGAAUUUAAAAGGAGACAAGCUGGGGGAUUUUGGAGUACUUUUAACUUGUUUUUUGUUAUCCUGUUUAAAUGAUUAGAUAUUGUUAUUAACAUAUGGGUGUUUCCGGGGUUCUUGUGCAGGUUUCUCUGUGUAACCUGCAGCACACAGGCAUGUAUAGUGCGUCUGCUACGACUGUGCUUUAGUUGUCUGCUGAUAACUACGUGAGCAUGUACAAAGCAGUUUAGGGAGUUUGUGUAAAAGCAGCAUAUUGACUUCCAACACACUGGUUGAGACUUAAAAGACCCUGGAUUCUUAAACAUGAUUUAGCCUUUGGACAAACUGCCUGGAGCCCAUCCAAUGAGCUGUUGUAAACCUCAGGUUUUCCUAUGCUUACUGACACCCCCCCCCCCCCCCCCCCCUUUAUUUUAUUUUCAGUAUAGAACUGUCUAAAGCAAAAAAAAAAAAUUGACAUCAAGGAAUUAUUAAGCAAGGAUAGAGAGUUAUAAGCAAAGUGUUAUACUAACUGUUUCUUCCUUGACAGCUGGUUCAAAUUGGGAUACAGGUAGCCCCAUGGUAUUUGUAGUUUAUAUAAAUUAUAAAGAUCUUAUUUGGAUGCAGCCACUGUCUCUUAAUCAGCCCAUAGACUAAAUCCUGCCAUUAGAGCGAAUGUUGCUCCAGUCCCUCAGAUAAACUGGUACACAAAACAUUUGUUCUUUGUAACAGCCAGCACUAUUUAUACUGUAGCUGAAAUAUGAGCAAAAAAGUUUCAUUUUUGAACUUUUCUAAAAAAACAAAAACACUAACUCCAGGAAUCUAAAUGAUGGUUUGUUCCUAUGUUGAUUUUUUUUUGUAUCUGUUAGAGUGAUCUUAAAUGUUCUUUUCCCCUCAGGGUGCAUUCUCCCUGGCCAAGUACAACUACUGCACAUAAUCUAGCUUUUUAAGGAAAUAGUUGUGUAGAUAAGACGGUCAAAUGUUACUUCAUGUUGAUGCUUCGGUCAUGUUUUAGAUAGUCAAGUCUUUUAUACUGGAAUUUUGGUUGUUGGUUAAAAAAAUCCAAGACUUCUGUCUUGCUGUUUGUAGACACAAUUAUGUACCAAUGAACUUUCUGACGAUUACUGUCUGUCAGAUACACUUCUUAUGUUGACCUUCUCCUAUAGCUCUUUUAUUACUGCAGAUUAGUUUUUGACUUUACUGGAUGUUUCCACCUCCCAGCUCCUUUUGUCCAACAUAUAUUACCUCCUAAAUGUGUAACUCAUAUGUGGAUCGUUUCCUUCAAGCUAACAUUGUCAGAAAUCACUGUCUACAUUUAUCAGGUAAAAGGUGCACUUUUGUCUUCAGCUGUAUGCAAAAUCAACAGGUACUGUUUGUGUUGAGUCUUUCCCACUUUAUUUAUAAUUGUAUGCUGUGAGUCCCUGUGGAAGCCUGAAAGGCCACAGUGUGCACUACUACUGACCUCACAGCACUAAAACCAAAUUGUUCACAGAGUCAUCUCUGGUUACCAUGGCCUCUGGUGUUUAUUUAAGAUCACACCGUUGAAAAUGAGAAUGUUUUUGCAAAUCAUGCCAAUAGGUUUCAGUAUACCUAAAACUGUAAAAAGAAUCAGAAUUUUUAUUUGGGAGAAGGAAUGUUGAAACUGAAUACUACUGAAAUGUCUCGAUGUGGUCCCAAAAAAUGUGUUUGACAGAUACUCGUAUUUAUAAAUGACUUGUUAACUGCACUGUAUUAAGUCUUACAGGAUGUGUGUUAGAACCAACGGACUGCACUUAAGCUGUAGUUUUUCUCUGGAAAGACUGGUGGGCUCUACUGUUGAAUAGGAUGUUUAGUGUCAACAAUAAUCUUACGCUAAAGGGGUGGGUUUUUUUUUUACUGUUCCUGCUUAACAAUACACACAACACAUUGUUUAUUGAAGGUUUUUAAUGCCUUGCACCAAGUAUGAAAGAAAAGGCGUUAAAGAAAAGGUUAUUAUAUUAAAGGUGGUGACCACAACAGUCUCAGACACACAUGCAUCCAUGUAUAAACCCCUUCAGGACUUCAAUCAUGUAACUUCUGAUAUAAUAAAAGCAAUUGUUUUUCCUA